AUGGCGACUCCAUGGGCAGAGGCCGCGAGCCACGAGCAAUUCUUCGUCCUACUAACAGGGGCUAAUAGUGGUGUCGGUCUCGGUAUCGGCCAGCGAAUCAUCGACGAAUUUCUUGCUUCACGAUCUUUGUCCUCGCAUUUGAUUCUGAUACCUACGACUCGCUCAGUUUCCAAGUCUCGCGACACUGUCAUCGCCCUGCGCACCCACCUACAAGAAACAGCCAGCACCUCACACCAGCUUCGGUCACGAGCAGGCUCUGACUACGAUCCUCAAUCCGCUGUCUCUCGCGUUCACAUCCUCGGUAUUCAACUCGAUCUUUGUAACCUUCAAUCGAUAUAUGGCGCCGCGAAACAGUUGAUCCAUGGGAAAGUGAGCGAUCCAACUGGCGUCAUCGCCGAUGUGGAGAUACCCCGUCUUGAUGCUGUCCUGUUCAACGCCGGUAUUGGUGGUUGGUCUGGGUUGGAUUGGCUCGGGCUUGCAAAGCAAUUCUUCCAGGUCGGGCUGGUGCAAAGUUGUACAUUCCCUGCCUUCAAGAAAGCCCUGCCCGCCGCUGUGCUAGACCAACGCAAGCUCCUCGGAGAUAAAGCUGCUGAUUUGAAAACCCAACCACCUGAGCUAGCCGAGGUCUUUACAGCCAACGUCUUCGGUCACUAUAUACUCGCACAUGAGCUACUACCGCUACUAAGUCGCUCGCGGCCCGACGAGCCCAUAGGCCGAAUCGUCUGGACAAGCACCAUCGACGCCAGCCACGAACACCUAAGCUUCUCCGACUUCCAGGCGCGACACGGCAACCCGCCCUACGAGAGUAGCAAGCGGAUCACAGACCUCAUCUGCCUCACCGCGGACCUACCCGGCGUGCAGAAGGCGUCGGCCCCGUACUUCGCCUCGCCCGCCGCGGCUGACAAGCCAAUCAAGCCGCGCUUCUACCUAACGCACCCUGGAGUCGUGUGUACGCCGCUCUUCCCCCUCUCCUGGUUCAUGUUUUGGGGUUACUACGUUGCCAUGUAUAUCGCCCGCUGGCUGGGCUCCCCCUGGCACCCCGUCGAGCCGUAUCUUGGCGCCUGUGCCACCGCCUGGCUUGCUCUAGCGGACCAGCAGACUCUUGAUCAUCUACGCGCCGAUCGUGUGAAAUGGGGCACGAGUGCUUCUCGCACCGGCCACGUCGCGCCUAAGAAAUCGGAGGUCGACGGCUGGGGAUGGGAUGGGAACGUUACGACUCCUAAGGACAUGGAACAUGAAGACGAAGCGGGUGUUUUACAUAGGUUGGCUGGGCGUAAGUGGGACGCGCAGGACUUGACCGAGGAGAAGCGAGCGGAGUUCGAGAAUGACGGACGCAAGUGCUGGGAGGAGCUGGAGAGGCUGAGGACAGCUUGGGAGAAGGCGCUUGGUGAGGGUGAUGUUGCUAAGCAGUAG